AUGGAGUUCGUGCAAUUAUCAGAAGCAUACAAGUCUGUUAAAUCUCUGAAAUAUCAUCGUCAAAAGCAUUGGGGUCGUAGACCACAAUGGCAUUUAUUUCCUCAUUCACCAAGGCGUCGAUUGCGAAGAAGACGAUUUAAAUCCCGUUAUAAUCAUGAAAAGUAUCGUGAGAGAUAUCCAUACCAUUAUGCUCAUAAUCAGCGGCCUUUUACCAUUGAGCUGGAAUUACCAGAUCAUCAUGAUGAUCAUCAGGAACCCUGGAGAAGUAGUCGAGAAAAUGUCAGAUAUUCCGUACCUGAGGUUUAUGAAGAAGAAGAAGAAGAUAGAAAAGUAAGAAUUAAGGUGGUCGAGGAGGGUAAAUCGCAUAUUCGACUAAAAAUAUCACGAAACGAUUAUUUUGGAGCAGAACAAAACGUUAACAAUAUGCAUAACAAUUCCGUUCCAAUUGAAUCUAUAGCGUAUUCAAAAACUCCUCUGCAUAGAACAGAAUACACUGUACCUAUAGUGCAUAGUUGGAAUAGGGAAUAA